UUUUCUUCUUAAUGUAGAAAUAAUCGUCACGAAGGCUCGCUGUGAAAACCGUCGGCGAUAUUUAAGAGUGGUCGCCGACGUGGGGGCGUUUUGGCCGCUGCACAAUUUUCUCCGACGAGUUGAUCCACAUCGUGGUCGAUUUGUUUUCUCUCGAUUUUCCUCUUCGUAGGACCUACCGAUCUGCGACCAUCUCUGUCUCCUUCUCACUUCGUUGGGCUCCACUCCUUUCUCCAUCAUUUCGCAGUGUAAUCAAGCCAGCCAGCCAGCCAGCAAGCACAAGCAAACGCUUUCUCUUUGUCCCAUAACUACUGGUUUUUUCACUCGCUUUCACUGCCUGCUUGUACCAAGCAGCUUCAGAAAGCUAGCCGGGACCAUACGCUCUUGAAUCCUGGAUCGACGGUGAUUUUUCUGUUGUUUAUGUUCGGAUUUUAUGGCUUCGAAUGCUGCUUAUCGGAACGGGGGCUCUCAGAGAGGUUCCUUCAAGGUGGAUCGGCCACCGCAUGCUGCUUCUAACCUCAGGACUUCGUCGUUUAAGGCUAGGCCCUCUAUUCGUCGGUCUACUUCUGCGUCUUUCGGUUCCAAUGCAAAUAAGGAUGGGGAUGGAGUGCCAGGAAGAGUUCGUGUGGCUGUUAGAUUACGACCCCGAAAUGCAGAAGAGCAGGUGGCAGAUGCAGAUUUUGCUGAUUGUGUGGAACUGCAGCCAGAGCUUAAAAGAUUGAAACUUCGAAAGAACAAUUGGGAUUCUGACACAUAUGAAUUUGAUGAGGUGCUGACUGAAUCUGCAUCACAGAAGCGUGUGUAUGAAGUGGUUGCAAAGCCGGUAGUGGAGAGUGUUCUAGAUGGUUAUAAUGGGACCGUGAUGGCUUAUGGCCAGACUGGUACGGGGAAGACAUUUACGCUUGGACGAUUAGGAGAUGAAGAUACUUCCAAUCGUGGCAUUAUGGUCCGUGCUAUGGAGGAUAUUUUAGCCGAUGUAUCACCAGAAACAGAUCUAGUUUCAGUCUCUUAUCUGCAGCUUUAUAUGGAGACUCUACAAGACUUGCUUGAUCCAGCAAAUGAUAAUAUCCCAUUUGUGGAAGAUCCAAAAACCGGUGAUGUUUCCGUACCUGGGGCAACUGUAGUAGAAAUCAGAAAUCAAAGCAGUUUUCUGGAGCUACUUCGUCUGGGGGAGGCCCACCGGUUUGCUGCCAAUACGAAGUUGAAUACCGAGUCUUCUCGUAGCCAUGCAAUUCUGAUGGUACAUGUUAAAAGAUCUGUUGUGAGGGAAGAGGUCCUUUCAGGUGAAGAGGGUGAACCUUCAGAGUUGGGUAGACCUUUCAGGCCACUUAUACGAAAGAGCAAGCUGGUCGUAGUGGAUUUGGCAGGGUCCGAGCGUAUUCACAAGUCAGGGAGUGAGGGGCAUCUGUUGGAGGAAGCCAAGUCUAUAAAUCUAUCACUUAGUGCUCUAGGAAAGUGCAUAAAUGCUUUGGCAGAAAAUAGUGCUCAUGUUCCAAUACGUGAUUCCAAACUUACGAGAUUGCUCAGAGAUUCAUUUGGAGGUUCAGCAAGAACUUCUCUGAUUGUGACAAUUGGUCCAUCUCCACGCCAUCGAGGAGAGACUGCAAGCACUAUUCUGUUCGGCCAAAGGGCAAUGAAGGUGGAAAAUAUGUUGAAAAUAAAAGAGGAAUUUGAUUAUAAAAGUUUGUCAAGAAAGCUUGAAGUACAGCUGGACAAACUGAUUGCUGAAAAUGAAAGACAACAGAAAGCUUUUGAAGAUGAAAUUGAAAAGAUACAUCUAGAAGCUCAAAACCGCAUAUCUGAGGCUGAGAGAAAUUUUGCUGAUGCUUUAGAGAAGGAAAGUAAAAAAUGCCAGUUGGAUUAUAUGGAAACUGUCAAGAAAUUGGAAGAGAAGUUGGUCUUGAACCAGCCAAAGAUUGAUCAUGACGAUUCUAUCCGUGACAAAUGGAGUGGACAGGGGGGCUUCGUUUCUGCUGCUGAAGAAGUUGAAGUGAAAAAGUUACUUGAAAAUGAAGUAAACCUGCGAAAGGUGGCUGAAGAGGAGGUCAACAGGCUUAGACAUCAGCUAGAGCUAUACAGGCAGCCAAAUGUAGGUGAAGAAUCUGAUGUUGUAAAACUCUCUAAAGUUUUGGAGGAGGAGGCUCUUGAGAAAAAGAAACUUGAAGAAGAAGUAAUAAUAUUACGGAGCCAAUUGUUGCAACUGACCCUUGAAGCUGAGCAGAUGAGGAAGUGUCUUGAUAGGGGUGGAGCUGAGAAUGGAUUUCCCGCUUAUGAUACUCCCAUGUCUCCCUUUAGACAUUCUCAACUCAAAGAAACAAAGAGCGGUCACAAGCCACAAGUUGCCACUCUUUUUGAACAAGUUGGUUUGCAAAAAAUAUUGUCCUUGCUGGACUCGGAAGAUGCCAAUGUACGAAUUCAUGCUGUUAAAGUAUUAGCCAAUCUUGCUGCUGAAGCAGAGUCGAACCAGAAGAGGAUUGUCGAAGCAGGGGGUCUUAUUUCAUUACUGAUGCUUCUUAGAAGCUAUGAGGAUGAAACGGUUAGAAGAGUAGCAGCUGGUGCAAUUGCCAACCUUGCUAUGAAUGAAGCCAAUCAAGAACGAAUAAUGGCUGAAGGGGGAAUUAGUCUACUGUCAUUAACUGCCAAUGCUGCCGAGGACCCACAAACUUUGCGCAUGGUUGCUGGAGCCAUUGCUAAUUUGUGUGGCAAUGAAAAACUACAGUCGAAACUGAGAUCUGAAGGUGGUUUAAAAGCCUUGCUAGGAAUGGUGCGAUGUGGACAUCCAGAUGUUCUUUCUCAAGUUGCUCGUGGAGUAGCAAACUUUGCAAAAUGCGAAUCCCGAGCAGCUAGUCAUGGGAUGAACAGUGGCAGAUCCCUUUUGAUAGAAGAUGGAGCACUUCCUUGGAUCAUACAAAAUGCAAAUAAUGAAGUGGCACCCAUCCGUCGCCAUAUCGAGCUAGCUCUGUGCCAUUUAGCACAACAUGAAGUAAAUGCAAAGGAGAUGAUUGGUGGAGGUGCACUUUGGGAGUUAAUUCGCAUAUCGCGGGAUUGUUCUCGAGAGGACAUAAGGAAUCUUGCUCGUCGAACACUGACUUCCAGUCCUGUGUUUCGAUCCGAAAUGCGAAGACUGAGAAUCGAAUGCUAAAGUUUCUUCCACCAAAGACGUCUUGGGAUUUCUUUCUAACCUUGUCCUGGGGCUUUGCUUGGAUGGAAGAACUUCCUAGUAUCACGGUUGCAUCUCAAUCUCUCACAAGUCUUCCUGCUUAAUGAAAAAAGCACAGGUAAGUUGAACUCUCUCAUUACUUUAUUAAGCACAGGCUUUUGAUGCUUAAUCCUGGGGGCAACUUCCUUUUUUAUUAAGCAUUAAAAGCCUUUGAUUAGAAUGGAUUGGGAAACAUUAUUGGAAUAGGAGAAAGAAAGGAGGAGAGAGAAAGAGAGAGGAAAAGUUUUGUAGAGUGAGAGUCCCGAGCUCCCUUAAACUGGGACCCACUUAGUGAUGGAAAUUUAUUAGAUCGAAUAUUGUAUAAAAAUUGAUCUGAAAUGCAAGCUGUUAACAUUUCAAUUUUUUUUUUAA